AUGGCCAGUGGACCCAGCAGCCCCACAGCCAGGAAUGAUCUGUUGGACAAGCCUGUGGCCCAGAGGACAGAGAGGCUGCGAAAAGCUCGAGACAGCAUGAAGCCCCUGCUCGAGAAUACGUACUCCUUCGCAAACAACUGCGAAACGGUUUUCCGAGAGUUCCGUGUGGCGUGCGUCCACCUGCGCAAAGAGCGUGAUGCGCUCGACUCUCUCGAGGAGAAGAAUGUGGCAUGGAGAUAUCUUUGUAAACUCUGCAAAGAAAGGCCCUUCUUACAUGAUCGAGUGCAUGAAGUGUUGCAGAUAUUGCUGAUGAGUGACGCUUGGAUGAAGGCCUUCGCAGAGGACGCCGAGUGCAAUGUCGGAGACCUGCCGCCAGACAUGCAAAGCGACAUCAAGCGGAGGGCCGACGAGCAGGCUACCGAACCCGCCGCCGCGGGCUAUCCGGCGCCUCGGAAGGUUUCGGACCAGGCCUUCCGUGCUAGUGGCACGAUUGCCGUGGUGGUCCAGCGCUGUAACCGAGCAAAGCUCCAAACAAAUGAGGAGACCGACACCUGGGCUGAGAUUGGCCCUGGCCUUUUUGUCGCCGUCUCCUUCAACAAGGGGGCGACCGAAGACAAGAUCGGCCCUGCUGCGAGGUUUCUACUGACAGCGAAGCUCUCGCAAGCAAAGGGUUCGAAAGAGGCAGAGUCUGUGGCGGCGAUUUCACAGCGAGGUGACUACCAGGGCAUCCUCGUCCUGCCGCAGGCUUCACUCGUGUCCGACCUCAAGGACGCUGAUGUGAGGUAUUCGCAGCAACUACAGAAGACCGGCGCCCAUCGAUUAUACGACGCGUUUGUGCAGGCACUGCACAGCACUGCCGCCGAGCUGGCCGGGGACGGCAAAGCAGCAGAGAUUGUUGCAGGUGACUUCGAUGCUCCCCAGGUUAUGGAAGUGGCUUCCAAUGGUCCAUUCAUGCAUUCCUUCACGGUGUGA